AUGUGGAGUUUAUCAACUGGGUUUACAUUCUUAUUUUUUUUUUUUCAUUGCGAGAAGAUCAUCUUUAAUUUCUUUAGUGUCUUCUUUACUAUCAUGAGUGAAGAUGCAGAGUAUAUAAGGGCCUUAGAAAUACAAAGACGCAAUUUUGAAGCCCAGUUUGGAUCUAUUGGUGAGUUGGGUUUUGGUGAUAAGUUAGAUGAAGUGAAAUCAGAGGAAAGCUCGACACUGGAACCAUCUGAUGAGGAAGGUAUCAAAUUGGAUGGGCUUAGCAGUGAAAGCGAAAACUCUUCUUUGGAGUCAGAAGAUGACGAGUUAUUUGAUAUAGAAGACCAACCCAAGCCCAAAGUUGUCAAACUAAAUACACCGACAACAGAAAUUCUGCAUGCAAUACCAUCCAAAACAGAUCGAAAGUUACUCAAGUCUGGUAGAGCUGCAACGCUAUCAGAAAUCGAAGCCGUUAACAAAAGGGCCUCCAAACAGAAUCUUAAGCAAGCAAAUAAAACAGCAAAGGAAGAAUCUGACAAUCUUGAAAAUGAUCUAAAACUACAACGAUUAUUGAAAGAAUCCCACAUUUUAGCGAACAAUGUCGAUCCUCAAUUCAGUGGUGCUGAUCUAACACUAAAAACUAUCGAUUUCGAAGAUCCUACAGGUAAGUCUAGAAAAAGAGUACUAUCAUCACGAAUCCAAGAAUUAUCCACAACUAAUUUGGCAAAGGAAAAAAAAUUGGAAUCGAUGCCAAUGAAUAUGAGAAAGGGUAUGAUUGCUAAACGUGAUGCAAGAGUAGCCAAAUAUGAAAAGGAAGCCCGUGAUGCGGGAAUUGUGCUAUCGAAGUUAAAGAAGGGACAAGUUAGAGAUUUGAAUGCCGGAAGAGGUUCGACUUCAUCAAGUGACAGAUUGGGAUCUGGUAAAACUCACAAAGUACAAAAAAGAGAGCGAGGAUUGAAAAUCAAUGGUGUUGGAAGAUCAACCAGGAAUGGUUUGGUUAUAUCUCAAAAUGACAUUGAUCGUAUUAACAGCCAGGGCAAAAGGAGACAUGGUAAAAAAAGAUAA